AUGUAUGAAGCUGGCGUUGCUGUAGUUAGCCACACACUAAUCAUACAUACAUACACACUUACAGUUGUUAGUGGAUGUGAUCCAACAAGAUGUCAUCAUGGCGGUACAUGUCUUGAUACGGGUCCCAGCCAAUAUCAGUGUCUCUGUGUAGAUGGAUUUACAGGGACACAUUGCGAAGUCAAUAUUGACGAAUGUGAAAGUAAUCCAUGUGAAAAUAAUGGUGUAUGUGUGGAUGAAGAUAAUGGGUAUACAUGUUUAUGUUCAGAUGGUUAUAGUGGCGAUACAUGUCAAGAAGAACUGGAUGAAUGUUUGUCAUUCCCCUGUCUAAAUGGUGGCACGUGUAUUGAUGGGGAUCAUAGCGUGACUUGUAUCUGUGCAGCGGGCUUUGUGGGAGGUUUAUGUGAAGAAAUUCCGGUGAGCACGUGUUUGCCUGAUUUUGCCUUCUCUCUACCAGAUAUAAAUGAAUGUGCGUCCAACCCGUGUAACAAUGGAGGUACAUGUAUUGAUGGUGUUGCUGAAUAUGUUUGCGUAUGUCCAAUGGGUUACAUGGGAGAUCUAUGUGAAGAAGUUGUUAGUGGAUGUGAUCCCACACGAUGCCAUAAUGGUGGAAUAUGUAUUGAUACUGGACCCAGUCAGUAUCAGUGUGUCUGCGCAGAUGGUUUCACAGGAACUCACUGUGAAGUCAAUAUAAAUGAAUGUGACAGUAAUCCCUGCGAUAACAACGCACAGUGCUUGGAUAUGGACAAUGGUUAUAUGUGUAAUUGUCUUGAUGGAUAUACUGGGGACAACUGCGAACAAGAAGCGACAACUCCAUGCGACUCCAGUCCGUGUGUAAAUGGCGGCUCAUGUCACAGUACAACAACUGGAUAUGUAUGCGACUGUAUCGAUGGCUACACCGGGAAUAACUGCGAGACAAAUGUCGAUGAUUGCAGUCCAGACCCGUGUUUACACCGUGGUACAUGUAUUGAUAGUAUCGAUGACUUCAUGUGCAUAUGUAGUACUGGAUAUACUGGAAAAUAUUGUGAGCAAGACGUUGAUGACUGUGAAAAUGCACCAUGCCAAAACAAUGGUGUGUGUGUUGAUGGGGCAAGUGGAUCUUACAGCUGUGUUUGCCAAGCAGGAUACACCGGAAUUCAUUGUGAAACUGAAAUAAACGAAUGUGCUAGUGUCCCAUGCCUGAAUGGCGGAACGUGCAUUGACCAGCUGAAUGGCUAUUUGUGUAUAUGUACUGACGAUUUUGAAGGACAGAUUUGUACUGAACAAAUUGACUUUUGUGACCCAAAUCCAUGUUUCAAUGGUGGGACGUGUCACAGUACCAGUGUUGGCGCAGUCUGUAUAUGCGCACCAGGAUAUACUGGAGAUAUUUGCACAGAAAAUAAAGAUGAAUGUGAUCCGAACCCAUGUCAGCAUGGUAUAUGUCGUGAUGGCAGUAAUGAUUUCACAUGUGUAUGUGAUCAGGGCUACACAGGACAAUUCUGUGAACAAGAUGUGUAUAAUUGUGACAUCAAUCCGUGUCUUAACGAUGGUACAUGUAUUGAUAGAGGAUUUAAUGAUGUUUUAUGCCUAUGUAAAGAUGGAUAUGAAGGAGAUAUUUGCGAAACAUUCAAUCCAUGUACGAGUUUUCCGUGCAAAAAUGGAGCAACCUGUUUAAAGAGUGCUUCUAAUUAUCUAUGUAUAUGUGAAUCGGGAUAUACAGGUCAACAGUGUGACGAAAAUAUAAAUGACUGUUUGCCAAACCCAUGUUUGCAUGAUGGUGUUUGUGUUGACGAGAUUGAUGGAUUUACAUGUAUAUGUCCAUCAGGAUUCACGGGUGAUUACUGUCAACAAGAUGAAGAUGACUGUAAUCCCAAUCCAUGUCUCAAUAACGGUAUAUGCGCAGACACUGGUACAAACGUAUUUAUGUGCUUUUGUGCUGAUGGAUACGACGGACAGUAUUGUGAGAAUACGGCAUCUGAUCCAUGUGAUAGUAACCCUUGUGUAAAUGACAUCAACUGUAUUAAUGCUGGCGAUGAUUAUGUAUGCAUAUGUCAGCCAGGUUAUACUGGUGAACGCUGUGAAGAAAGUAUUAAUGAGUGUGUCAGUCAGCCAUGUCUUAAUAAUGGUAUCUGUAUUGAUGAUAAUAAUGCAUUCCAGUGUAUAUGUCAAGAUGGCUUUUCUGGGACGUAUUGUGAGGAAGAUGUUGAUGAUUGUGGUUCUAACCCGUGUAUGAAUGGCGGACAGUGUUAUGACAUAGGAACAAAUGCGUAUGAGUGUUUGUGUGAAACAGGAUUUACUGGACACAGUUGUGAAACAGUAAUUGAUCUAUGCGAGAGUGAACCUUGCCUACAUGAUAGUACUUGCAUAAGUGCUAUCAAUUCCUACACAUGUGCAUGCAAACAAGGGUGGACUGGAGAUAAAUGUGAAACUAAUAUCGACGACUGCGUAAGAAAUCUCUGCUUGCACGGGGGCACGUGUGUAGAUGGUGAUAAUUUAUUUACAUGUGUGUGUGAUGGUGGUUGGACAGGGAGAUACUGUGACCAAGACAUCAAUGAUUGUGAUUCUGAACCGUGUAAGAAUGGGGCUACAUGCUAUGACAUGGGUGCCAAUGCAUUCAGAUGUAUUUGCUCCGAUGGUAACACAGGACAGUUAUGUGAAACAAUAAUUGAUUAUUGUGAGAGUGGUCCGUGUCAGAAUGGUGUUUGUAUCAAUGAAGCUAGAACAUACACUUGUAUAUGCGAUGCUGGUUUUACUGGGCAUGACUGCGAAGAAGAUCAAGACGACUGUACUCCUACUACAUGUUUAAAUGGCGGAACAUGCAUCGAUGACGUCAAUGCUCAUAUAUGCAUAUGUGCACCUGGAUAUGAAGGAUUUUACUGUGAGGAAGGAAUUGAUCCAUGUAAUAGUGGACCAUGUCAGAACGGACAGUGUGUUAGUAGUAUCGUGUUUUACACGUGUGUAUGUGAAACUGGAUGGACUGGGCAAUCAUGUAACCAAGAUGCGGACGACUGCGAAAGAAAUCCAUGUUUGAAUGGUGGUAGUUGCAUUGAUACUGGGACCAAUGCAUACACAUGUGUCUGCUCCGCUGGAUUGACCGGCGAUAGAUGUAAUGAAGUGAUUAACUACUGUGAUAGUGGUCCAUGCUACAAUGGUGCUACGUGUAUCUCGGGUAUGAAUAAUUACGCAUGUCAAUGUGCAUCUGGAUUUGAGGGCACACUUUGUCAAAUAGAUAUAAAUGAGUGUUUAUCUAAUCCCUGUCAGAAUGCAAUACAAUGCAUAGAUGUACAGGAUGGUUAUCGCUGUAUGUGUGCUUCUGGAUUUACUGGUGGAAACUGUCAAAUAAAUAUCAACGAAUGCUAUCAACAUAACCCAUGUCAACACGGUGGUACUUGUAUUGAUGACGUAAACUCCCAUAGAUGUAUGUGCAGAGACGGAUAUACAGGAAUGAACUGUGAAACAGCGAUUUCCACCCCUUGUUCCUCUAAUCCAUGUCAGUCGAGAGGGACAUGUAUCAAUGAUCCACGAGGAGGUGCUUAUUUCUGCCAGUGCCAGAACGGAUGGGAAGGCACAAACUGCGAAAUACUUUCACCUGUUGGUCCUCCUACAUCACCGCAUCCACCUGUUGGACCAGAUCCUUGUAGAUCCACGCCGUGUGUUGGUGAUUCCACAUGUGUUGCCAGUUCAGACUAUUCUGCUUAUUUCUGUAUAUGUUCAGUUGGUAAACAAGGGGUACACUGUCAAGAAGAUAUGGCUCCUGACAACCCGUGUUCUAGUGGUCCUUGUCAACAUGGUUCAUGUUCGUCUCCAGAAAUGAUAUCAUAUUUUUGUGUUUGUGAUAAUGGUUGGGAAGGACUAAACUGCCAAUCUCCUAUUCCUGUAGGGCCAAGCCCUUGUCAGUCCUACCCUUGUACGAAUGGUGGCACAUGUGUUAGCAGUACCAGUGGCAGCGAUUUCUUUUGCAUGUGUCUUUCUGGAUUUUCUGGGAUUCGUUGCGAGAAUGCCGAUGAUCCAUGUUCACCGAGCAAUUCUCCAUGCGAGAACGGUGGUACGUGUAUAACAUUAGGCAACAAUCAAUAUGACUGCAUUUGUCCACAAGGAAUAACUGGAGACAGAUGUCAGACAGUUAUACCUCCAACUGAAGAUCCUUGCUCUCCUGAUAAUUAUCCUUGUCAAAAUGGUGGCUCAUGUAUUGAAUCGGGAUCGUCCUACGAAUGUAUAUGUACCGACGACUGGACUGGACAGCAGUGUCAAAUACCUGACGAGGUGUCACCUCCUUGUUUGUCAUCGCCCUGUGAAAACCGGGGUAAAUGUAUUUCUGACAGCAGUGGUAUUAUCUACGCGUGUAUAUGUCCACAGGGUUAUCAGGGAAAGAACUGUGAACAAGUUGUACCAAACGAUCCGUGUUCGUCCUUCCCUUGUGACAAUGGGGGUACAUGCAUUACAAUGGAAUCUACCUAUGACUGUAUAUGUAUGGAUGGAUGGACCGGGCCAUCAUGUGAUACUGACAUAAACGUUGAAAAUGUGUGUAUUUUGAACACCAAUCUGUGUAAAAAUGGUGGUACAUGCUACAGUACCGGGGAACAGGAAUUCAGUUGUAUUUGUGAAAGCGGAUGGACCGGACAAACUUGUGAAACUACUGUGAUUGUGGUCAAUCCUUGUCUCAGUUCGCCAUGUAAGAACGGAGCAUCGUGUGUUCACCGUCAGACUGAACAGACAUAUAUAUGCCAGUGUAGCAGUAACUGGCAAGGCAGAGACUGUGACAUUGCGCCAGCACCAGACUGUGAAAUGGAGUAUAACUUACAAACAGGUGAUGUGGUCACUGUGACAUCACCAAACUACCCUUAUAACUACCCUGAUAACGCACACUGUACAUGGACAGUGACAACGGAAGAAGGCCAUAAGUUAAAGAUCACAGUGAAUGAUAUGAACACAGAAUGCGAGGGUGACAUGGUUAAUUUGGGAUCUGGAAGUAAUCCCAAUGAUCCAAAUUCUCUGGAGAUGAAGGAAUCAGGGUCUGACUUAAUUCAUCCGUUUAUUGUCGAUGACAAUGAAGUAUGGAUCAAGUUCGAUUCAGAUCCAACGAACAACAAACGAGGAUUCUCAUUGAAUGUUGAAGAUAUUAUUCCAGAUGAAGGUGUGGCUUGUGACAGUUCUCCUUGUCAGAAUGGUGGAAUGUGUGUUCUGGUACCUACCCUAAGCAACAGUUAUAAAUGUAUAUGCCAGCCUGGAUGGGGCGGACAGACUUGUGAUACAGAUACUGAUGAAUGUCGAAGUAAUCCAUGUUUAAAUGGCGCCACAUGUGUUGAUGGCAACGAUCUGUAUAUUUGUGUAUGCUUGACUGGAUUCAAGGGCAAUAACUGUGAGCUCACAACAGCCGUUGAAUCAUGUGGAAAUCAUUUUUGUUAUAAUGACGGUGCGUGUAUUACGAUUGGUGGAGAGGAACAGUGUACAUGUGGUUCUGGAUGGACUGGAGAAUAUUGUGAAGAUGCUGUUAAUGAAUGUGCCAAUGCUCCUUGCCAGAAUGGUGGAGAGUGUGUCGACGGCAAUGAUCAGUUUCAUUGUGUAUGUGCUGAUGGCUGGACAGGGUCUGUGUGUGAUGAGGUGUCUGCAGCAUCCUCCGGGGAUCCAAACUCAACUGGUAACGAUCCAUCAUCGUCUUUACCGUGGUAUUGGAUCUUUAUAAUUGCUGUCUUGGGUGGCUUAGCUGUUGGUGUUGGAGGAUAUCUUGCAUAUAAACAAUAUUUACAAAAGAAAAAGGAAAAGGAAUCGAACUUGAGAAACACUGAUCUACUCCAGUCCUUGAAGGUCAAUAAUGGCGGACUUUCACCAGAAAAUAGGUACGGCUUCACUCCACCUGGAGAACUCAGCUCACAUUCCACGGUGCCUGAGGUGAACAGUUACGAAAACCCAUGGCCACGAAGUACAGAAGACUUUGGUGAUCUUCACAAAACAGAGAUUUAG